AUGGUUAAGCAUCCAGCAGGUGUAUCCCGAGCAAGCGCGCAAUGUUUUAAGGCCGACGUGUACCUCGCAUUAGACAAAAGAGUAUACGAGGGAGGUGUCAGUAUUUCCAUCGAUGUUGCCUUGCUUCCGACACCCCCAGGUCAUAUCAAGCUCAACUCUCAUGUGGAUGGAAUCUCGGGAUUCUCCCGCGGAUACCCAAGAAGUUUCCUGCCAAUCCGAUCUGAUCAGCGUCAAGACGUGAUUGGGUUUUUACGCACACACCAGCAUCAUCAAUACGAGCUCAGUGGAGUUGGAUCUUCUGCUCAGUCAAGGAGAGGCAAACUUUGCCCAGAGACAAACAUUCGGCGUAAAGGCCCAACGAAGCAUGAUCUACACGUCAUAUACCACGUAUGGACUGACGUCCUGGCUAUACUAAGAUUUGCUCUAAUAUAUAUAACACUUCUGUUGCCAUUGACUGCGCAAGGAAUCUAG